UCUUCAACGCGUCCCACAAGAAAUUACAAAAAGUCAUUGACGAUACCAUCUUCAAAUACAAUCAAUCAAACCCCCCAUUCCAAUCUCAUCAGAUCAUCAAUGGCAUCGAUCUACACCUGCACCACUUGCGGCACAAAUCUCAACCUCCACACAUCCAACCUCUUCCCACCCGAUUACUACUUCGAGGCCGGCAACAAGAACACCCUCUCGUUUGCCGACAUCGAUUCUUCUAAGUUUCGAUUUGUCAAAGAAGACAAGAUCAAACCCUUUUUCGAGACCCUUAAUUACUGGGGGAUUCAGAGGAAACGAACCAAACUUGUUUGUAAUAGUUGCGGGGCGCUUGUCGGCCAUGUUUAUGAUGAUGGUCCGCCCAUGAUGACUGGAACCGGUCAGUUUGGGUUUGGUCCCAGUCAGGCCAUUCCUCGGGCUCCUAGGUAUCGCUUUAAGAUUAAGGCCUUAAGGAUUACUUCUGAAACUUGAACACUUUUCUUGGGGAUUUGUGUUUUUUUUUUUUUUUAUGAUGUUUAUGUUUAUUUGUUGUUGAUACUUAUGUAGAGAUAUGUGUGUAUGGAUUGUGAUUAUUUAAUGGUAUCCCUUUUGUAUAAGUUAUGGUGCAA